AUGCUACCGCUUCCCUAUCCAAUCAACCCAGUUACAACUACUACUCAAAUGACGCUUCCCAUUCCAACAGUGACCAUUUCUUCGCCUGUUAUUCCAUCUACUUCAACUCCUUCAUUGACUUCUCAAACAUUGGCGAAUGCGUGGAAAUUGGGAAUUGCUCCGUCGCCUGCUUCCAAAUUUCUUCUUCCAACGACACAUGGAAUCAUGAAAAUGGUACAGAAAUUGUGA